AUGUCUUCUUCAAUAUCGACCCGCGCCUCAACCUUCAGCACCUUCCUGGCCACCACCGCCACCAUCAGCCCGCUCUCGAAACCCCAAACCAGCAUAAGCAUAAACGGCGACAACGCCCUAAGCGCAUACCGCACACAGGCAACCUACACCACGCACUCCCGAAUAACUGGAACGGUGCAGGUGGUGUCACCGAAUUGCGACGUCCGCUUCGACGAGGUGGUCAUCACCUUCGAGGGGACGACAAGGACAUGGCUGGACAGGCUAGGUCCCACGCCGGCGAGUAGUGGGCGAACAUAUGCGGACAAGACCGUUAGUAGCACCUCCCCACCCCGUCACAGUCCACAACAACGACAACACAAAAGGUUAACAAAUGACGCUCGGAACGAUGCAGUUCUUGAAACUGACGCAGCCAACCGAUGACACCCUACUGCCCAUCCCCCGCCUCCUGACGAAGUCGAAAACGUACACAUUCCCCUUCGAGUUCGUCAUUCCGGCAAAGCUCCUACCAAGCGCCUGCUCCCACCGCCGCUCCACGCCCGAGCAGGAGACGGCGGAGCGGGAAGAACACCUCCACCUCCCUCCCAGUUCGGGAGACCCCACACUCCCCGAUGCGAAUGGGGCCCUCAUCGACGACUUAUUCCCCGACAUGCUAAAGAUAACCUACACCAUAAACGCGCGCAUAAUUCGACGGCGCGAGGCGGACAACAAACCGCUGGUAUUAUCCUCCAGCGUGAGGAAAGUCCGAGUGAUGCCUUACAUGGAGGAUUCCCCGCCAAUAAUGCUCGACGGCGGCAGCGACGGAGCAGGAGCAGUACCAGGAGUAGGAGGGCAAAAGUACACACUAAAGAAGGAAAAAGACGUCAAGAAAUCCUUCUUCAAGCCUCGCCUCGGUCGCCUUCAAGUUUCGGCCCAACAGCCAACACCCCUCCACCUCCAGGAUCCAAACAAAACCUCAUGUCCAAGCACAACAGUGGUCCCUAUCUCCCUCCUCUUCACGAAAACGUCCGCCUCCCCUCCACCAAAGUUAACGACGGUGACCACAAAACUCCGCACAAACACCACCUUCUCCACCACCCCACUGCCCCACACCCUGCAGCGGGAGACACCGGGACUGGCAGGGACCUACUCCACAACGCAAACCCUCUCCACCCGGUGCAUCUCCAAUACCCCCUGGACCGGGAACGAAGCGAGGCUGAGCGUACCGGUUUCCCCGCCGAAGGGCGUCAUGCUGGUCCCCAGCUUUAGCACCUGCCUCGGGGCGAGGAGUUACGUCCUCGAAAUCACGUUCGGGGUGCAGAACUCUUCGUCCGUCACGUUGAGGAUCCCACUGCAGGUUUCGUUCCCCGAUCCCGCAGGAGCCGGCACUGGAGCGGCGGCGGCGGAGGGCGGGGUGGGGGUGGAAGAGUUCUUCACGCCUAGAAGCGUCGCGCCACCCUCCUCAUCGGCGGGGAGAGAACAAGAGGAGGAGGAGAGGGGGGAACAGUUACCGCCGCAUAUGAGACCGGGAGCGAAUCUCCCACCCGAGGGCCUGCCGGCGUACGUCUUUCCGCCCGUGGGUGGGGAAGGUGGGGUCGUUAGGAUUCCCUCCCCCGUGGGCAUUUCGCCGGGGUGCGGG